AUGCAAGGUCACGAGGACCUGAAUUUGCUUGAAAACCAGUCGCUGCCCGAGAUAUACCUCCAUGUCGGUCUCCAAUCACAGGGCGGUGCUUUUCAAAACGGCAUUUUGAACCAAAACAUUCCAGGCCUCGAUCAAUCACCAAAUAGCUCCCACAGCGCUGAUAAAUCUAAUCCAGUGCGUGAUCCAAUACCGUUCUCACCAUUCAAUUUGGACAGCUAUGGCCAAAAUUCCGAAUGGCUUUUCCAGGAACCUAGAGAUCCCGCAGCAGAUGCAGCUAUCCAAGGAAUCCAAUUCGACAAUACUGAAGGGAGCCUUCAUUCGCAAUCAUCACAUGAUGCAUUAUUCGAUAUUCAGAUUCCACAACCUUCCUCGAUUAGUGCACAAACUCACAGCAAUAUUCUUUCUUUCAUCUCACUAGAAGAUGUAGAUAGCAAUCCGGUUGCAACCAUCGAAGAUACCCGCCGCAUUCUCGAUAUCGCCAUGACAUAUCUUGAGACUUGUCUUCCUAUGUUCCACCAGCCCACCCUGAGUCUCGACUUUGUUGCUAGUGAACUCUCUGCUUCUUUUCUGAGCAUUGGGCUUCUCAUCUGCGGCGACCUCAAUGCUCACGAAAUAGGGUGUGUCCUGCUUCAGCGUUUACGUGGAGACCUGCUACAGCUUGCUCAGAACAUCACGAUCAAGAAAGAGCACCUUUGGGUGCUUCAAUCCAUGCUACUAGUUGAGUUUGCUGGUAUGUUUCAUGCUAAUAGAAGCGCUAUGGAGCUGAGCGAUAUUUUCCACGGGACAUUGGUUACCCUCGCAAGACGACUCGGGUUAUUUGAGCCUGACUAUGAGCCCGUGCGGCCUACUCCAAAGCGCUCGAUGGACCGCAGAUGGGGUGAGUGGGUCCAAAAAGAGACAGUCAAGAGAUUGGCUUACUUCAUCUUCGUCAUUGACGUUCAGCAUUCGCUUCUCUUUGGUCACGAUCGAAGCAUAAUUUCAGUUUUCACUUUGAAACUCGAUCUACCUUGUGAUGAGAAGGAGUGGCGUGCCCUCACCUUCUACGAGUGGUCGUCCUACACAGCAACAUCAACAUCCCGGAGAUUGAAGUUUCAUGAGAUCCAUCAACUUCUUCUGUCUGCUCCGGACAUUCAUCACAAAUUGCCUUCACUUGAUGCACUAUCAGCAUAUCUUGUCCUGUCAGGCUUCGCAUCGAUCACCUGCGAUUCUUUGCGACGACGGCAUGAGCCAUUCUUCGAUCGUGAUCAGGCGACAAAUAAGCUUCGAACUCUACUCAAAGCAAUAGCUGAUCAAAUCCUCACCACUGCAGAAGCAGGGCCUGUCAAAAAGCAUGGUUUAACGACCUACUACAUCUCUUUAAUAUCUCUGGGCACCCAAUUAGACGACUUGGAACGUGCCGCAAACUCCGGGUUUUCGUUGACUGGCCUGACACCCAAGCAGCAGACACGAGCUGCCAUGGCCCGCCUUCUCACACGCAACAAAGUUGGACCUAACACAGCUAUGCAUGGUGUACAGCUCCUUCGGAUUUACAUGUCAGAGAGUCACACGUCGGUGAUGCCCCUCGAGACUUCCGCUCUUUACCUAGGGGCGCUGACCCUUUGGGCAUACACAAUUGGAAGGGCAGAUGACUACGAGAGCUUGGACAUUGCGUCUGAGAUCAGCGGGCAAGACUCUUUGGCUGAGAUGGAAACUGCGAUCACGGGUACUUGCGCAAACGCGUGUGUUAAGGCCUGGAGAGCAAUUUCUCGGCAUGUAUUUGAAAGACUCGCAUCUCUGCAGAAUGAUAAUGCAAGAGAAUACAGCGAAGUUCUUCGUGGCCUCGAAGAUUUUACUGUGUGA